ACAUAAGUGCUGUUCUUUCUUAAUAAUUUUAUGUCUUUUUUUUUUAAUUUUAUUUUUUAUAUCCAUUGGUUGCAACUCAAAAAGGAAAGUAGUAUUAGAAAAGUCUUUGAGAAAUCAAUGCUCUUCAUUUUUUUUUUCCUUUUUCUAAACUAGGGUUUCUAUAACAACAACUAUUUGUGUCUUCACUCUAUUAUAAUUUAACUUAUAAAGUUUUUUCUAAUUUCUUUUUCUCUUCAUCUUUCAGAUCUAAGAAACCAUAAAGUUUUUAUUUUUAGGGGUUAUUAUCCACUUCAAGAUUUAGAAUCUUUCUAUUUUUGGAAACUUCUCAUGAAUUGGUAGGAUUUCUUGAUUUGGAGUGGAAAGAGGAUAUUUCUGAAGGACGUCUAAUACGUUAAGGGCAUUUUUUCGCGAAGAAGAAAAUGGUGAGGGGAAUAACUGAGAUGAAAAGGAUUGAAAAUACAACAAGUAGACAAGUGACAUUCUCAAAAAGAAGAGGUGGACUACUUAAGAAGGCAUUUGAACUCUCAGUUCUUUGUGAUGCUGAAGUUAGUCUCAUCAUAUUUUCUCAAAAAGGAAAACUUUUUGAGUUUUCAAGUUCAAGUACUAACAAGACAAUAGAACGUUAUCAAAAGAAUGACAAGAAUUUGGGUCAUGAAAAUAUAUUACUUGAACAAACUACAGAGCAUUUGAAGGGGGAGGUUAUGAGCAUGACUAGGAAUCUGGAGGUUCUUGAAAUCUCUAAAAGAAGGCUUUUAGGAGAAGAUUUAGAGUCUUGUUCCAUUGAUGAACUUGAAAAGGUUGAAGGACAAUUAGACCAAAGUUUAAGAAAUAUUAGGGCAAAAAAGAACCAGCUAUUCAAGGAACAAAUUUCUCUUCUUAAAGACGAGGAAAAAGUCCUAAUGAAUAAAAAUGCAGAAUUGCGGGAAAAGUAUGAGGCUCGAUCACUACCUUUAUUUAUUGAUCGACGAGAAGAUGAAAGUCCUCAAACACAAAAUAUGGAGGUAGAUACACAACUAUUUAUUGGACUUCCUGAAAGAUGAAUAAAGAUGAAGUCAAGAUUUAAAAUUUAUAAAUUCGAGAAAGUUUAUUUAUUUGAAUUAUUAUAUUCUAAAUUAACAAUUUAUACCUAUUCAACCGUUUUGUUUAAACAAAUAUAGAAUUAUUUAUAUACUAGUACCGCUUCAUCUAUUA